CCCGACGCCGAGCCCGCGGGGGAGGAGUGCAGCUGGGCUGGCCUCUUCUCCUUCCAAGACCUGCGGGCUGUGCACCAGCAGUUAUGCUCGGUGAACUCGGAGCUGGAGCCCUACCUGCCUGCCUUCCCUGAGGAGCCCUCGGGCAUGUGGACGGUGCUGUUCGGAGCCCCGGAGCUGUCCGAGCAGGAGAUGGACGCUCUCUGCUCCAAACUGCAAGUUUACUUGGUCCACAGCUUGGAUACCUGCGGGUGGAAGAUCCUUUCGCAGGUACUCUUCACUGAGACUGACGACCCCGAAGAGUAUUACGAGAGCCUGAGUGAGCUGCGACAGAAGGGGUACGAGGAGGUGCUGCAGCGGGCCCGCAGGCGAAUCCAGGAGCUUCUGGAAAAACAUAAGAACACAGAAAGCAUGGUAGAGCUGCUUGAACUGUAUCAAAUGGAAGAUGAAGCCUACAGUAGUCUUGCAGAGGCUACCACGGAGCUCUACCAGUACUUACUACAGCCAUUCCGAGAUAUGAGGGAACUGGCAAUGCUUAGAAGACAGCAGAUAAAGAUCUCGAUAGAGAAUGACUACCUAGGCCCCAGAAGAAUUGAGAGUCUGCAAAAAGAAGAUGCCGAUUGGCAGAGAAAAGCCCACAUGGCUGUGCUUUCUAUUCAAGAUCUUACAGUUAAAUACUUUGAAAUAACAGCUAAAACACAGAAAGCUGUGUACGAUCGAAUGCGAGCAGACCAGAAAAAAUUUGGUAAGGCAGCAUGGGCAGCAGCAGUGGAACGUAUGGAAAAGCUUCAGUAUGCAGUUUCUAAGGAGACAUUGCAGUUGAUGCGUGCAAAAGAAAUCUGUUUGGAGCAGAAGAAACAUGCGCUGAAAGAGGAGAUGCAGAGCCUGAAAGGUGGUACAGAAGCCAUAGCCCAUUUGGACCAGUUAGAAGCUGAUUAUUAUGAUCUACAGCUUCAAUUAUAUGAAGUGCAGUUCGAGAUCUUGAAAUGUGAAGAGUUGCUGCUGACAGCACAACUUGAAAGUAUCAGAAGACUGAUGUCAGAGAAGAGAGAUGAAGUGGUAUAUUAUGACACUUAUGAAAGUAUGGAAGCCAUGCUUGAAAAAGAGGAUAUGGCAACAUCUAUACACUUGCAAAAAGAGGAGCUGCAAAAGUUACAACAAAAAAUCCGCCAGCUGGAAGCAAGGCGUGGACGUAUUUCAGCCAAGAAAGCCUACCUCAGAAAUAAGAAGGAGAUCUGUAUCGCAAAGCAUAACGAAAAGAUCCAGCAGCAUCACCAGAGUGAGGAGGAAUACAAAAUGCACCAUGCUGUUCAGCUAAAGCGAGAUCAAAUACAUGAUGAAGAGGAAAGAAAGAGCUCCUGGGUUAGUCAGGAACGACAGAAAACAUUGGACAGGCUUCGCACAUUUAAACAGCGGUACCCUGGGCAAGUAAUACUUAAGUCAACCAGACUACGGCUGGCUCAUGCAAGAAGAAAAUGUGCAGCCAGCUCAAUGUCUUCUUUCGAUCAGCCUCAGUCUUUGCCAGCAACCAUACAAAUCCAAGAGAAGAGUGAAGAGCUGGAACUGGAAAUAGAACAGCUUCAAGAUAUCUCAUUACCUCCCAAUGGUGUUACCUCUGAACUGCCUCAUGUUAGUACUUCUCCACUCACCAGUAAUGAGCUUCAAUCAGAGACUGUUACUGAGGUACCGCUUCCACCCCCUUUGCCUCCACCACCUCCACCUCCACCUUUGCCCUCCAAGGAAGAUGCCGCCAAAUCCUUAGAGAAAAGCGACAGCCUUGUUAAACGUCAGAGCGAGGAGAAAGGAGUCCAGCACUCUUCUAGUGUCCCGCCAGCAUAUCUGUUUGACAGCAGUCAGCUAGUCAGUGCCAAGAAGAAGCUUAAGAAAACUGGUGAUCUAGAGGGUUUACAGAGGAGGAGAGUGAGUUCCCCGAUGGAUGAAGUGCUGGCUUCCUUGAAACGUGGCAGCUUUCACUUAAGAAAAGUUGAACAGAGAAGUCUCCCUCCUUUUCCUGAUGAAGAUGAUAGCAAUAACAUCUUGGCACAGAUCAGGAAAGGGGUGAAACUGAAGAAAGUGCAGAAAGAUGUUUUGAGAGAAUCCUUUACAAUUCUGCCUGAUACUGACCCUCUGACAAGGAGCAUCCAUGAAGCAUUGCGACGAAUUAAGGAAGCAUCACCUGAAUCAGAGGAUGAAGAUGAGAGUUUGCCUUGCACAGACUGGGAAAAUUAACCUGUGAUUCACAGCUACUGACGUGAGAAAAGAAACCCCAGUUGAAGAUUACUUUUCUUCUUCGUUUCUGAAAAUUCAGAGCCAGCAGUUAUGACCAUCAACUCCACAGGAGGCUUUCUUUGGCAAAGAAAGAGUCUUUCUUUGGCAAAUAGUUCAGUACAUGUCAAAAAUGGCCUGACAUAUUAAUUUUCAGGUCACUUUUUUCUUUAAUUUGUUCUAAAAAUUCUGGUUUGGGCAGAAAGCUAUGCUGUUUAGGUGUGCAUUUUCUAUAAUCAAGAAUGCCCAAUUCUUAAGCACUUUUUAUAUUUGCGUUAGUAAUGUGUGGUCAGUUAAGUGAGGGGGACAUUGUGAGUUGGGAGAAUAGUUGCUUUUAGAGGAACUUUGGGAUUCAUCUGAUACAUCAAACCAGCUAUAAAACCUCCCCUUCACUUCACUGAAUGUAUCAUCUGCUUGAAAAUCCAAUUAAAUAGCUCCUUGCAGAGAAGCUUGCUAUGUAGCAGUGUGAUAUUCCAGAAAGAGCAGAACUCCUAGUUGCACUACAGUAGCUGAAAUUCAGUAACGUGCAACUAAGACUUUUUUUCUUCUUAGUUUGAAGAAGUAUAUGGCAGUAUGAAAAGUGACAAGUGACCACAACACAAUGAGAAGUAAGAGAGUUGAAUUCAGUACAUACUCAAGAAUGUGUUUGUUUCCAGCAUGGUAUAUUUAGCAAGACAUACUGCAGCACCUUUUUAGAAGGUCAUUUGUAGUCUUACACCUUUUUAAAGUAGACAUUUUCAUGCUUUUUUAAAAUAAUAUUUGGCUGUGCUGAACCAAGUUAUACUUUUAUCAUUUGUUAUAAGAAGCAAUAUUUUGUAAUUUCAUACUUAAAAUUAUUUUUCUCUUUUGGUUUAAAGUGGCUUUUGAUUACUCUAAGCAGCCAUCUUUAAAAAAGAUCAAAGCAUUAAAUGUACUGGUAAGUCAGUUGCAAAAAUUAUGCUUCUCUUGCUGGUUUUUAUUAUUCCCUUUUGUUGGCUGCAAAAAUGUUUGUAUUUCAUACCCAAAAGCCUUCUGGCUGAAAAAAAAGCUCCCAUUUGAUCCUGACUAUUUUUUUUAAUGGAGAUUUACAAGUUCCUUUGUGGUGAAUACUUAGAAGUAAUCCUAAGUUUCAUGACUAAUGGCUGCAGGUAGCUACUCCUAUGAUGCCAGAGUACUGAGAGGUGCAUCAGUACAGAGAUAGAAGUAGCCUUGUACCAUCUAGAAACUCCCAUGUGAUAGUAAAGUCAGCCUGUUACAAUUCUAAGAAAACUGAAUUUUCACUCGCAUUUUAUUUUUACUAGCAUGACAUACACUGUGCUUGAGAAAUGCACAGUCCCUGUCCUUGGUGUAGCGUGUCCCAUUUGCUGUUCCUCUCCUGACAGACCAACUGCAACACGGAUUUGUGGGGUUUUUUAAGUGGAGUUACGUGUUGCUGCUGUCAUGUAGCAGAACAUGUACUGUGUUAACAUUUAUAACAGGAGAUUUUAUGUCUUGCCAUUUACUUAUAUAAAGAGGAAUAGGAGAACUUACCUUAGCAAUAGGCUAUGUAACCCAAAGGAACCUCACCUGUUGGACCCUUCAGCUGUUUUGCUGUGGCUGUCCUGGAAUUAAAGCUCUGUCAAACAUCUUGAAAGGAUGUCACUACCCUUGCUAUCGACAGGCAUUUUCUUAACCUUGUUGCCUUAUUUAUAAAGUUAGCGAACAUUCAUUUUCAAAGGACCUGUGAGCAGCAUUACUGUAGACUUGUAUCGAUUUUGCUGUGUUAGUCGUCAGGUCUGUAUUCUUCUCUCCUGAGAUCAGCUCUGUGACAAACUUGAUACUGGCUUUCCAAGGACCUAAAACUACAUGGUGUUUUUUUCUUAAACCGCUUCUCUGAACCCCGAGUUACAUGCUGUGGUUGUAAGCUGUCUAACACUGUGUUCACGUGGCAAUAACAGCCAUUUCAAAGUUCAUCACAAUCGUUUGACAUGGCCUGUACCAUAAGCUGUGGUGUAUUUUUGCACUACAUUUGUCUGUACUUCCAGUCACACCACAUGUUAAAACCGAAGUAAUCAAAUUUUUGGCUGUAGCACAAAGCAGAACUAUGAUGUAGAAUCGUAAUUCAGAUUAUAUAGUUCUAUAUAAACAUAGUCCUAAAUGAAUAGUGGUGAUUGAGCAACUUUUAUGUCCAUUUUUUCCUAUUUUCCAGGCUGCAGUUUUAUUCCUUAAGUAUGCAUAUGGGACACUAGCAAAAGUCCAAGCUGAGGAAUAAUAGUGUAACUUUAAAGUAUAGGUGCAGUGGUCCCCUUACACAACAUUUGUGUCUACAAUUUACCACCAUGUUGUGAUUUAUCUAAACAGCUCCACACCGUACUGUACUACAGUUUUCAGGGGUUUUUUGCCACAUGAUCUGUCAUCUUUGCCUUGAAAAAUGUGUGCAUGAUUUCAGAAAAAAUGCUGUCCUUAAUCUGUUUCAUGUUUAGCUGAAAUCUUGGAUUCCUGCAAUAGCUUAAUUUAUAGAAAUGGAGUUCUCAUAUGAACAGUAUUUCAUGCACACACAAAAAAGUAGUUGUUGUGCUGAACACAGCCGUUUAUGUCAGUUCAAAACUGCCAUCCUCAAUGUGGAAAAUAAAUGGGGGGGUUUUCCAAUUACUGCUAAAAAAAAAAAAAUCAUCCUGGAUUUUAAUCCUUUAUGAGUCACUAGGUGUCACAAUUUUACAUAACUCUCGACUUUGAUACAGAAAUUGUGCUUAUGUAGUUCAGAGGCUAAUGCAUAAAACUUCCCACCCUCUGUAACGUGAAAUUUUGCAGUGGGAUGGCUACAGCAGCAAAUGGGGAAAGUAUAAGUAUAUUCACAAGAAACUUAAGGAAAUGAUGGCGGUCUUGCAUUGAGAUCGGUUCCUCCACAGCUGAGAAAAGGUCCAAUAAUUGUGUUGGUCCUUGAGAAAUCUUAGCAAGCAUCACUACAUGAAAAAACACCUUAAACCUAUGCAAGGAGAGACAGCCUCCAUAAAAAUACCUUUCUACUGGUCAUUGGUAUUGUCUGUUUGUGGCUGGACUUCAUUGUGCUGGCUGUGCAGUUCUGUUGCUAGGCGCUUAUCUUGAGCAGUUUGUCAGCUUUCAGGCUUUUUCCAUUUUUAGAAACUUCUUUCUUCAUUCAAAUUAAAACUGUUUUAGUAUAGUGUAACUGACCCAGUGAGGUAGAGAGUUGGAAUGCGUCAUGUUUAUGGUACAAAUGCUUAUGUGGGGACUGAAAAAUCUUUUGUGAGUGGGAACAAUAGAUGAAAUACUCAAUUUCUACUAAAAUAAUCAAAAUGGAAGGUAAACAGCAACAGUGUUUUGAUGAGAAACAGAAUUUGCACCAACAUGAAUUUCACGCUCUCACUCACAGACGUUCCAGAUCCUUUACAAAUGACCAAGAGUCUUAUUUUAUUCACUUUACUGUGUUUUCAUAUGUUAGUUAAGUUACCCAUCUCGGGUAGAUGAAGGCUUUUUUAUUUUUCUUAAACAUCACUUUGAACUUUAAGGUUUUUUUUUAAAAAAAAAAUCUGAGAGUCUCAUCCUACACGAGACACUUGUAUAAUAAAUCAGUAUGAUUAUAUAUUGUGUUCUUUUGUGGCUGCAUUGGGGAUAGAACUCAACAUACUUCACUACAUUACUUGUAAAGAAUCAUUUUGAGUAUAAGCACUAUAUCCUGUAAUGUUUUAAUAUUAAAGUAAUGACAGGUGCAUUAUUGAAGAUGCAACUUACUGAGAAGAGGAGGCAGAAACUUUUAUUGGUUAAUGUUACCCUUAUUCCAUUUGUUGCACUGAAUUUCGAGAGUGUAAUUUGUAAAUCAAUUUGCUCACGUGUGUAAUCAGAUUUUAUUUUCAUUGUGGUGCUUAUGUAGUUAAAUUACCUGGAUAUAUCUCUGGUAAUGAUUCCGUAAGCACGGACAGUGUGUUGUUAUGUUUAGCACUACAGAAUUAAUGUUAAGAACAAGCAAAUCUUCUUGCAAAGAAAAGGAGUAAAUAGAAGCACCUUACUGGGAGAGCGCAUUGCAUGAUUUCAGUGCUACUGGAGCUGGCAGACAGAAGGUCAUCCUAAACUUGACUGCAAAUUGCUCUUUGGUGCAAUAAGCACAUUGACAUUCUGCUAUCAAUGCUGUAAAAAGUACAGCAGUGGCUAUUUUUAACCUAUAAAUAUACUGUAAUUUAAAUUUUUCCUACAAAAUGGAUUUAUAUUUAAUUGCUGCCUAAUACAUAAAUACUUUAAAUUAGGAUUUUUAGGAGGGUCAAGGGUGGGUGGGCAUGCCAGUGUAU